AUGUCCAGUUGGAUAUGCUGUAACUCGUGCUUUAAGUCUCCAGGACCUGACCGCCAACUGGCCGUGACAAAUUGUGGUCAUAUCAUCUGCAACGUGUGCUUCCAAAAAGGAAAAGAAGGCGAGUGUCUGAUCUGCAAAGCAAAAUGCCAACUGUCUCCACUCUCAGACAAAAGCAGCUCAGAGGUCAAGGCACUCUUCUCGGAUAUCAACAUAAUUGCAGCCAAGUACCUCUCAGAGAUUAACAAGGUCUUCCAGUUCCAGGCAAGACACCAGAAAAGGUUACUAAACCACUAUCAACAAAAGAGUGAAAAAAUGAAGGAGACUGUGAUCAAAAUGCAAGAAGAGAUGCAACAAAUGUCAAAAAAAAUUACAGAGCAGAAUGCCUACAUAUCAAAGUUGGAAAUAACUCUUCAGCAUCAAAGUUCCAGAUUGGCCUCACAGUCUAACAGGGAUGUUCAUGCAUCGGCUAAUUUCAAACCAGCUUUGUCCUCAGGGGUGAAAAUCCCCUAUUCCUCUCCAGUUUCUCUGUCCCACCAUUUAUCCACCUCAAGCCUGACUGAAAACAUGGAGGUUGACAGCAGGGGGUUUUCCCGUAAACCUGAAAUUUCUGGAAGCGUGUCAAGACUUUGUGUCAUCAGCCCUCCACAAGAUGGCCGGAUAGGUACAGUUCCUCACAGAGCAGCAAGCCAGAGCUCUAUGGGUAGCCACUCAGUGCGAAGUGCCACUGUCAGUAGAGAAUUCUCCAGUAGUCUGAAGGAGCCCAUGCUGUCCUCGUCCAAUAGUGCGCUUUACCGCAGAGAGUCUCCGUGGGAAUCGCCCGUAUUUAAACUGGCCCCAGCUUACAAAUACCCCUCCACGUCCUCUCUGGGACCUCCGCCAUGACAUAUCAUAACAUCCAUCUUAAAAUAUCACCAGUCACUAUAGAACAAGCGGCCUAUUUUCGAAUGGCUUCAGUACGAAGCUGCCCUGGAAACACAGCAAGUUGGCCGUAUGCAAG